UACUAAUGGCAACGUCGGUCUUUUACCAAAAUAAGUUUUUUGUUUUCGUCCGUUUUUCGUUCUGUCUCUUGUUUAUAUAUGAUUUUAUGUUAGUAGCGCGAUGCUGAGUGAUGAGAUUAAAGAUUAUCUGACCUAUGAAAACUUUAUAGCAUACUACAAUAGCAUUUUAAUAGGCUUUGCUUGCUUCUUUUUUAUAAUUAUAUUUGUGUUAUAUUAUCAUGGUAUAUUUCAUCAAGUUGCAGUAAAAGUUACUAGACCGCCUUACGCAAAUGAUUUGAUAGUACUGUAUAAAUUUACUCAAAAUUACGCAAAAUCUCGCGAAUUGCUUUCAGAAAUUCAAACUAUAGCACCAGAUUCGGAUUCUUUUUCUAUCUAUCAUGAAGACUUUUUUCAAACAAGGAGUCAGGUAGGUUCAUCCAUUGGUGUUGUAGUAUCAGAUUCCACAGAGGAUGAUCUUUGCAGUAAAUUGAUACAAGCUGGUUAUAGAGUUGCUGUCUUACCAGCUAUUGAUUAUGCGGUUGUUUCAUCAUUUCCUUACAGAAACCAGUAUUCAUUAGCAGUGGCAGUGUAUCGAGUUUAUCCUAGAUUAAAACAGUAUUUAAAGAAUUACAGAUUGUGUGCACAUCCUAUUAUGGAACUUUAUACAAAGAACCAGGUUUUCUUUAUUGCUCCUCUAUCCAAGCAGUUUGACUUUUAUGCUGAUGAAGCUAUUCCAGAAUAUGAAGACAGUUCUUCUGAAGGAGAGGAAGAAUUAGAGCGUGAUCAUCCCUCUAGCACACUAAAAUGUAGGAAGCAAUGCUAUCAGAAAUCAUUAAAAGACCACUGUUAUUGUGAUCCAAUGCUUCAUUCUUCUUCAUGUGAUAAGCGCAAAAGGGCUUUGUAAGAACAAUCUUUGUUCUCAUUUUGCAUAAUGUAAUUUUUCUUCACUUCUUUUCAAUCAUCAUCAUCUCUUUUAUUUUUCUUGUAGUAUAGCUAUACUAGUAAAACAUUUCCUCUUCUGUAUAUUUAAAAAAAAAAUUAGAUUAGCUCUUGCGGUUAGGAUUCACUUUGGUAUUUUAUAAUUUUUGGAAAUUAGAAUGUUUGACUGUUUAUUAUGUUGCUCUCAUUUUGCACUGAUUUUUGCUAUUUUAAUAAUUUUUUUAGUUAAUUUAAAAUUGAAAUUAUUGUUUAAGACAUUCUUACAUUUUAAUGUAUGAGAGAAAAAGAAUUUUUCGAAAAAUAUUAAUGUGCCAAAACGUAAAAUCCAAGCAAAUAUUACUGGUAUUUAACUAACAAAUAUUUCAUUCAUAUCUUAACGUUACUGAAAUAAAUACAAAUUCAUUGAUUUACUGUUAAUGAUAUUUGAAAGAAAUAAAAUGCAUUCUUUAUUGCUAUGUUAAAGUUUAACAGGCAUUUUUAAUUUCUUUCAUUUUAAAAUAUUGUUAAUAUGAUCAAAAAGACAGGGAUAAGAUAAAAAAAGAAUUUUAAAUUAUAAUAUAUUUGUAUUUUAAAAUGAUCAGUGAAUUUUAAAUUUUUACUUGUUUAAAUCCACACAUUAGAAUUAGAAUUUUUUCUAAUUACUGUUGGAAAAUUAGGUAUGUUUUACUCGAAAUUGCAGCUGGUACAAAAAUUCUAAUACCUAAAAUUAAAUGUUUCUAAUGAAUGAUUUAAUUACUGAAUCAACUAAAACCACUUGGUUGUUAUUGUUAUAAUAGUUAUGUUUAUUUAUAUUCAUCAAGUAUGCCUUUCAAACCUUUAAGAGAGCAUUUUAGUUCUCAGUGACAUACUUUUAAAAAAUAUGGCUUAGUGUUCACUGCAUUUUUAGACCUGUGAUCAGUGUUCUUAUAAAAUUAAUGUAAAUUAAUUAGUUUUCAAUACUAGUUUUAAGAUCUUGUUUUCAAGCAUUUUUUUAUGUUUAGAAUAAAUACUUUUCAAAGUAGAUUUUAUCAUCUUUGUAUUUUAUUUUAAUUUUUCUUGAUUGUCCUAUAUUAUAAUUAUACAUAAAACAUUUGUUAAAAUGUGUUUUCUAAUUUUACACUGUCUUCAUAAUAUAACUAUACUUAAAAUUAAAAGUUUAUAAAUAAGAUUUUAAUACAUAUUUGCAUUAAAAAUCUGAUAUUUCUGUACUUAAUAUUCACAACAGAACAAAUUAUGUAUAAGUACCAUGAAACGAUUUAAACAUUGUAACAAACAAUGUAAAAAUGAAAUAUUUUUGAACCAUAGUUGAGUAAGUGUAUGAUAAUUAUAUUUUAAAUAUUUAUUUGUUUUCUAUGUUGUUUGAUUUCAUGUCUUCCAAAGAUUUUAUUGAUACCGUAAUGUGUAUUGAUGUAAGACUGAUUUUAAUUACCUACUUGCCAACAUUUUUUAUGUACAUUUUUUGAAAUAAGAACUUUGAUAAAGGCUUGUUAAUAUGUAACUCUCAGUUUGAAUAAUUCAUAACAAUCCUACCUCUCUAGUGGAAGUUAAAAAGCAUUUUUCAAGGCUAUUAAUCAUAAGUAGAAGAGAAGUUAUUUCAUAUCCUCUGCUAAUAAGUUUUAAUAAGGGAAAAAAUUGUAUGUUGCAUAGGGUCUCAAAAUUUAAGCUAAGAAAAAGUUUUUUUAGGGCUAAUAGCAUGAAAUGACUUAUUUGGUAAAUGCUAUAAAAUAAAUACUUCUGUGGUUUACAAAUCAAAAUCAAAGAUGAAUUCUUUAACCCAAUGGCGGUUUAGUAAAAUGCUAUGCGGCGGUGAAGACUGCAGGUUAAAAAUACGACUUUUUACGUGCAGAACAAUCAGUGGGUUAAAGGUUAUCAUUUCAGUAAAUAAUAAAUUAUUAAUUUUCAUAGAAAAAUGUCUGGCUUUAAACUAUUCAAGUAUAAAUUAAUAAUAACCCCCAAAUUGUUGACUCUGUUUCAUGUGACUUCAAAUUUUAUAGCCGUACUGCAUGUUGCAACAAUAUCCAAAUUAAAACACUACUAAUUGUUAGGUUUUUAUGUCAAUGAUGUUAUUAACUUGUAUUGUGUAAGACACUAUAUAUUUUACGUAAUUAUUUGCAAUUUCUAUAUCACGUAAUAGUAAUAUAUAUGUAUGUGAACGCAAAUUACUGUAUAAGAAAAAAAAACGUUACCGAUUUUAUUCCUUGCUAACUAGUCAUUUUAUAUCACUUUUCAAUUUGUGUUCCUUAAUUUUAAAUAAGAGUGACAGGCAUAUUAAUUUAUUAACACGUACAUUUAUCUUUUUUUAAUGUAAUAAAUAAAAAAUUUUUUUAAUUAAUGUUAUUUCUAGUACUUUUGCAAAGCAUUGAAUUGUUAUGAUCUCACCACUACUUUAUUCAAUGCUAAUUUAUUAGUCUUCCAUUUAUUUAAUAUUCAGGUUUUUUUCUGAUUUUGAUGAUAUUACGUAAAAGAAAAGAAAAUACUAUUGUUGAUUGUUUAUAAAAAAAUUAUUAAAUCAAAUUAGUCGUUUAAGACUGGAAUUUUGUUUUAAUAAAAUCAUUUAAGUUAUGAUAAUGCCAAACUAUUUUUGCCUUAAAUAAUUAAAUCUUGUUAGCGUUAUGUGUGAGAUUUGUAUGUAACUAAUUUGAUAUUAUGAAGCUGUUCAUUUCAGUAGUUUUUAUUUAAAUAAUUGGUGUUUUAUUCAUGUAUUGUUCUUGCCUGUUUGUUUCAAUCUGAUUUUAAAUUAAUAUGACAUGUUUGUUCAUAUAUUUUGAAAAUAACAUAAUUUAUAAUUUUCUUUAAAAAAUUUAUACAUUUGUUUAUUUAACCAUAGUUAAUUUUCAUACUGUUUUUAACCUUAUGCUCGUAAAGAUAUGCAUGUUAUGCUCAAAUUUAUUGUUGAUAUUUUUGUAAUGUGUAUGUAUAUUUUAGCUUAAUUUUUAAUGUGAUAAAUGUUUUUGAGAACUGGAAAUGACACUUUUUUGAAUAAGUUCCUGUAAUAUACAAAUAUAAACAUAAUUUAAAAACUG